CAUCUUUUUACCUUACUCCCUCUUUUAUUAAAAAGUAUGGCCAAAUUACAAGUGAAAGUCAAAGAUGCACCCAAUAGACCUUUUGUAUUUUGUUUUUAUGUAUCUGGUCAUGGAUGGGGACAUGCCACUAGAGCCAAUCAAAUCAUCAGUGACAUCUUGCGAUUACAAGCACAACAUCAAGUAUAUGUUAUUUCCAAUGCAUCAAGUUUCAUCUUUCAAGGAGUGACCAAAGUAGGAGCCAUUUAUCGUCAAGCCAACAUUGAUGCUGGGGUGGUACAACCGCUGGCUUAUACUGUCGAUCGGCAACAAACUAUCAAGAAUCUCAGGCAAUUUAUUGAUCAACGGUCCAAUAUUCUUUUGAAUGAAGUUGCAUGGUUAAAACAAGUUCAAGCUGAUUGUGUUAUUUGUGAUGCUCCUUUUUUACCAUGUGCGGCAGCAGCAGGAGCAGGGAUUCCAGCAGCCAUUGCAAGUAAUUUUACAUUUGAUGAAGUGUAUACUGGAUUAUGUGAAGGGGAUGCAUUGGAUGAAGAAAUUCGACAAUUGGUGAAUGUGGUGAUUCAAGAUUAUAGAACGGCAGAUCUCUUGAUCCGACUACCUGGGGCCAUACGCAUUCCUUCAUUUGAUGAUGCCGUUGAAUUAGUACCAAGUACGCCCGUUUUGUGUAACUCCAAAGGGAUUGUCAAUGGUAAAACUCAACUUCCAUCUCAUAGUGUUGCCACCGUGCUUUCCAGUCGACUGUCAUCCAAGAUAGAAAGACGCAUCAUUGAUAUUCCUUUGGUGUUCCGCAAAUAUCAUAAAGAACGAAAACAAGUCCUGGAUGAAUUAGGUAUUCCUUGCUCGAUUUAUGAUACCCAUCAAAUCCUUCUCUUAUCGUUUGGUGGUCAAGUGCUUGGUCAAGAAUGGAAACAUGAAAACCCUUUGCCUCCUCAAUGGAUCUGUAUUGUCUGUGGAGCACCCGAUAACAUUGAUUUGCCUCCUGGAUUUUAUCGUGCUUCCCGUGAUGCCUAUGUGCCAGAUUUGACAAAUGCUGUGGAUGUUGUGCUUGGAAAAUUGGGUUAUGGAACAUGCAGCGAAUGUAUCGGUCAUCAUACUCCUUUUGUAUAUGUGCCUCGACCUCAGUUUAUUGAAGAGUAUGGUUUACGAAAAUUGAUGCAGGAUCAAGGAAGUGCCGUGGAAUUACAUCGUGAUGAUUUUGAGGCUGGAAAAUGGGCUGAUGCUAUUCAACAAGCAUCCAAGUUAUCUGGUGCCUGUGAUGAACCUGAUCGUUUGGUCGGUCACAAUGGAGGCCAGGUCGCGGCAAAAACCUUGGAACAAUUUGUCAUUGAAUGGAACAGUAAAAAAAAUCAACACAACAUUCACCAAAAACAAACAACUACACAAAAUUCAGUAACCAUGCCAACUCGAUUGGAUAAUUGAUUAUUUUAAUUUAGAUUUCUUUGAAUUUUUUUUUUUUUUAUAUCAUAAUAAAAUAUAUAUCCUAUCUUAAUUUU